ACCACAGAGGCUGAAGUGUCAGAGUGAAUAUAUGAAGUGUGGCCAAUUUGAAGCAUUAAAGAUAUAAAAUCUGUAUCGUGUUUAAAUGGCAGAAAAUACUGGCCAAUGUUAUGAUAAACGCCCCUCCCUGCCUCACAUACGUGUGACCACUUCAGUCGGAUUGCUUGCCAGCUGUUUAUUUGCACUGCUCCUCCUGCUGGAAAGGGCGGGGCUCACAUGGCACAUUAGCUUCAAAUGUCAGUAAGCCACUCGCCUGAGCUGCAGAACAGACCUCUCCCACGAGUGCCAUGUUUGCAACAUUUUUUUUAAAACCCCGGAGUCUAUUACUUAUCAUCUGUGGACUUCCCACUAUCUGAGUGGGACUGAACUUUAUUUCUUUAAAGUGAAGAACCAACCAUCUGCUGGAGAACAUCUGGAUCUCCGUGUGUCCUGUGAUCGGAAUGGACCAGCAGAAGGAGCUGCGUGCCGGUUGCUUGGUGUCAGGAGUACGCACACCACCUGUCCGCAGAAACAGCAAACUGGCCUCAUUCGGACGCAUCUUUAAGCCGUGGAAAUGGAGGAAAAAGAAAAACGAGAAGCUGAAGCCCUCGGGACAGAUGGUGGAGAAGAAGGCAGCUGCACCAAUGAGAAGAGGGGAACCGCUCGUGAGAAACACAGAAGAAAUGGAGACAGAGUCAGAUCAGGCCUGUGGAGGUAACAGUGAAGAUCCAGACACUCCCACUCAGUCCGAUGACGAGGGCAAAGACGAGGAGCAUGUGACCUUGCCCAGCACCACUGAAGACCUCAGCAGUGACUUAGAAGCAUCAGCAGUGCAAACUGAUUUGAUGGACAACUCAAAGCCAGGGUUGGACAACAGCCAGAGUCACGGUGGAGGAGACAACAGUACCUCAGUGAGUGAGUCCAGUGAGGAGACACAGGCUGUGGAAGGGAGAAGGUCAGGGACGGAGCCUCAGCCUCAGCCUCAGCCUCAGCCACAGCCUGUGACCAGGCGAGCCAGCACCCCUCCUCCACCCAACAUGCCUGUCAAACUGCUGCCCAGACUGGGAAGCCUGGACUGUGCCCCCCCAGUGCCCGUGAAGAAGUCUCCAGCCACUUUACCUAGAAAUUUCUCUCUGCCUAAAGACCCUCAUGGCUCCCUUUUAAGAGGCAGGAUGUCCACACCUACAGGGUCCCCUCACCUUGGAACACUGCACCAUCAACUGCCACCUAGCUGUAUCAUUGAGGAAUUGCACCGAGCCUUGGCAACCAAACACAGGCAGGAGAGUUUCCAGUUGAAGGAAGCACGUUCGUCGCCACAGCGGCGGUUUGAUGGCCGCCUAUCGCGCAUGUCUAGCACAGAGAGGGAGCCAGGUGUUGAGCCUGCGUGCAAAAAAGAAUCUGAUGAGAACAAGGAAAAUGUGCGUCUAGACCAGUCUGUGGGCGACCAGGAGAGCUGGAACGAGUCUGCGAUGUCUGGAACUCUGCCUCGCAGAAUGAAAAAGGAGCUUCUGGCCGUGAAGCUGAGGAACCGGCCCAGCAAGCAGGAGCUGGAGGACCGCAAUAUUUUCCCUGUCCGAAGUGACCAGGAGCGGCAGGAAAUCCGUCAGCAGAUUGAGAUAAGGCUGGCCAAGAGACUGAGUCAGAGGCCGGCGGUGGAGGAGCUGGAGAGCCGCAACAUCCUGAAGCAAAGAAAUGACCAAACAGAACAAGAGGAGAGGAGGGAAAUUAAGCAGCGGCUCAACAGAAAGCUGAACCAGCGGCCCACAGUGGAUGAGCUGCGGGACAGAAAAAUCCUGAUUCGUUUCAGUGACUACGUGGAAGUGGCCAAAGCCCAGGAUUAUGACAGAAGAGCAGACAAACCCUGGACAAGACUUUCUGCUGCGGACAAGGCAGCGAUACGGAAAGAGCUGAACGAGUUUAAAAGUAAUGAGAUGGAAGUUCACUCACUGAGCAAACAUUUGACCAGGUUCCAUCGGCCUUAGGGAGAUUUCUUCUGUGAAGACUUGCUAUAACCUGGUUCUUCCAUCUCGUGCCCUGGACCACAAGUUUUCUGAUGGUGGAUUCCCGGUGAACCUCGGAGGCUGUGUCUCUUGACACUGGGCUGCAAAUGGACAGUGAAUGCAUGCAGCAAUCUCCACUCGUGCUCAAAGGAACUCCUCCUGUACUCCCUCUCCACCUUGUCAGGUGAAGAAUGCAGGAUUAGCCAUGAUCAAGACCAGGUUGUGUUUUUUGUAAACAGACUUUUCUAAUGCCAUGCAGGAUGAUUUGUGCAUGUCACUGAGUCAAAAAGUCUUGCUCCAGUAUCAGUCGCCAUGUUCCUGAGCUGUAUGUUUCUCUGUGACUCUCUCUGACUGAAGGGUUUCAUAUGGAUAUUGUACAUGUUCUUCAGCAAGAACCGGACCUGUGAUUCAGACGGAAAUCCCUUUGUAAGAAUUAUUUAUUGUCUGCACAAUACAGGUUUUUGGAUUUGUAACAAA